AAUGGCUGAAUUCAAAGCGUCCACACAGUGACUUCAAGUCAAGUUGCUAGUUAUACGCAGAGGAAGAUCUCGAAAUCCCUUUGCUUUUUCGUGCAAAUCCGGGGCAAGACAGAGGGGAGCAGAAUCAAGAAGUCUGAGAUUCAAGCAAUUUAGCGAGGAGGAAGAGGAAAUGAAGAGAGCAUCUGAAGCUGAACCCAUCAGGCCGAACCUCGCGUGUUCUUAUCCAGAUACUGGUACUUCUGUUUUACUGAAAAAAGCCAGACAGUUGCUCCGAGGAGACAAUAGAGAAUCUUCUGCUUCCUCUUCUUGCUCAGUUAAUUCUCCCUUGUGUGAGAAAGUCGAACGAAACAGGACUGGCAUAUCAACUUCUUCAGCAAGUGAGACAGAUGCUUUGCUCUUGGAAAUGACAUUAGGAGGAAACAAAGAAUUGUGGGAGAUGCAUUGGUUAGGACAUAAGGAGAAGAUGAUGAAGGGCUCUGGUGAUGACAAAACUGCGAAUGACCAGAUAAUCUUGCCACCAGCUACUUAUUGCUCAGUUAAUUCUCCCUUGCCUGUUGAGAUUGAUGAUGACAAGCACAGAAAUAAAGAGUUGGAGAUCACUGAUGCUCGAAAAUUACAGAUGGAAGUUCAGAAACGGCUGAGAGAACGUCUUGAGGCUCAGAGACAGUUGCAGCUGAAAUUACAGGAACGAUUGCUGCAGCUGAAAUUACAGGAACGAUUGCAAUUUCUCCAGAAACUUAAUGAAAAUUAGCCAAUAUCAGUUUUGAUGGGCUAAACGCAUUGCUUUUCUUGGCUAAGGUACUUUGAUCUUGAGCCAGAAAGGAGUGAUUAACAGAGAUGCAAGGAAUGGGACUUCAGGCGUUCAAGGCAUUAACCAACAAAGCAGGAAACAUUUGAGCAAUCUGAUUAUCAGACAACAAUGUCAGCUUAAGUCGCUGGUUAGCUAGCUGAAAGGAGAUCAACUUCUUUUUCUGUAAAUGUGUAUCAGAUAUCAAAGUGAACCUUUAUUUUAACAAAUAGAAUAUUAAAUACCCUAAGAUAGGGGUUGCUUGUUGGCUGUUUUGGGCAAGGUGCCAUUUUCUUAGUUUGAUGGGAAACAAAUAGCGGCUGCUUAUAUUUCUGUUUUCAGGUCUGAUAAUGAACGGUACACUUGAAAUAUGUUUUACUAUUGAGGUGCACUUGUGUCCCUUGACAUUGUAACUUCUACAUCUGAUACUUCCUUUCUCAAAUGUCCGUCUAUUUUCUA